AUGGCGCACAGGGUCCAACUAGCGUUGUACGACUUGUCACGCGGAAUGGCGAAAGCGAUGAGUAUGGCAAUACUGGGAAAGCAGAUAGACGGAAUCUGGCACACAGGUCUCAUCGUUUACGGGAAGGAGUACUUCUUUGGUGGCGGCCUGCAAAGCAUGCCCCACGAGCAGUUCGUCCAGAUGCACGGAGGGGUUGGGCCAACCGAGUACAUCGAGCUAGGGUCUACCGACCUCACAGAGGAGCUCUUCGAAGACUUCAAUCGAGAGGUACAACCGCGCUUCACGGCUCAAACGUACGACCUGAUGAAGCACAACUGCAACACGUACUCCAACGAGGCGUCUCAGUUUUUGCUUGGCAAGGGGAUCCCGGAGUACAUCGUCAAUCUCCCGCAAGAGGUGCUGAAUUCGCCCAUGGGAGGAAUGCUAAGGCCGCUCUUGGAACAAAUGACUACACAGAUGAACGGUGCAGAUCCCUACUCUGCUCUACACCAGCAGCAGCAACAGCAGCAGCUGGCUGGGGCGGGCGGCGGGGCAGGAGCAGCAGCAUCGCAGCCGACCCAGACACCAGGAGCGGCUGCGGCAGCAGCGGCCGAACAACGAGCUGCCGCUGCUGGAGUUAGUGUUGCCGAUCCUCCGCAGUGUAAGGCGGAUGGCUUCCCUAUCUUGGACAAGCACACCAAGCCUCUCGUUGGUUCGGACGCGGCGAAGGCGGCUCCAGGGGUGGUGGCACGCGUGAAGGCCUUGGGAGCCACCGUCGACGGGUUGCUUUCUGAGGAGGAAAGUGCGGUGUUGGACGCCCUCCCACCUUCGAUGGCUGCCACGAAGACAACCCCGGUCGCCCCGGGUAGCUUCCGACUCAUGCAGAAAAUCCUGAUCAAGGAUUCAGGCUGGCCAGAGAAGGCAGGAUUUUUGGCUCUCGUGCUGGUGAGCUUGAUGGUGCUGCACCAAGCGGAGGGUACCGAGAUGGAGGAGGCUAUGAUGCAGGUGGCCAAGCGAGUACAGACGGCAGGAGACGGACAAGAGCAGCUGUCUGCACAGGCGCUGUCCAUGGCCAUGUGCUCCGCCGCUAACUCCUUCGCAACCACGGGGGGAAGCGAGUACAUGGAGCGCGCGGACGUCAUGCCCGGGUGGCUUGAUUCUUCGCUCGCCGGAUUGCAGCACGAGCGGGGCGAAGUGCGCCAGAUGUGCUCCGCCCUCUUGAAUAACUUUUCGCUCGUGCUCUCCAACGCGAUCGCGAGUAAAACCGCUGCCGGGGGGACGGCGGUUGAGAUGUCGGACGAGACGACGCAGGUCCUCUUCGGAGCUUUGGACGGGUUGCAAGACGAGACCUCACAGUUGGUUGCGCUUCGACGUGUUUUAUCCGUAGGGAGGUUGGUGCGAGCGAGCGGUUCGGAAGCAGCAUCACUCAUCAACGAUGUGGGCUUGCGGGACCAGGUGGAGGGCUUUCUGAGCAAGACGAAGGAAGGAGAAGCCAAGAACGCCGCGGCAGAACUGCUGCGUCUUCUCGGAUAG